GGUUCGAAUUUUGAUCAAAUCCGACCUCCUUCUCCGACGAGCCUUCCCUCACUUCUUCAGUUUCCUUCUCUUCUCUGCUCAGCUCAACAACACAAAUCAUCAGCUGUUUUGUCACUGGAUUGUGCCAUCGAGAAGCAUAUCUAUGCCUCUAGUUUCUUCCUUGGAUGAGAAAUCGUAAUUUUAAAUUUGUUUAUUCAGAUUGAUUCGUCUUCAAUUUCAGCUCGUGUUUAGCAAAGACGAGCCCUUUUAUCCUCGGAGAAGAGCUCGUAAUCAAUGGUGAAUACCAUGGAAUCAAAAUCAAGGAAAGAAAGCAUUUUGAUCAAAUACGCCAUCUUCUCACGGCUCCUGGUUCUGCUCUUAACUCUUUUAUGGCGGAGCUUACUCCAGCCGUACGAUACAUCUGCUGCACUCAAUCCUCCAUGCUUGUAUCACAAAGAAGAUCCUCCUCCCCUUCUAGUAGCCAAUGCAGCUUCGAGAUCCCUUGAAAACAGCAUUGUUUGGGACAGCGUGUAUUUUCUCCGAAUCACGGAGUGUGGGUAUGAGUAUGAGCAGACUUACGCCUUUUUGCCUCUGCUCCCUUUCUUCAUCUCGAUUCUCUCUCGAACAGUUUUUGCGCCUUUGGUUCCAUUGAUUGGUCUUCGAGCUGUGAUGGUGCUGUCUGGUUACAUUGUCAGCAACUUGGCCUUCGUAUUUGCUGCUAUCUAUCUAUUUAGGGUUUCAGUUAUUAUCUUGAAGGACACUGAGGCAUCAUUCAGAGCUUCAAUUAUCUUCUGUUUCAACCCAGCGUCCAUAUUUUAUUCGGCAAUAUAUACAGAAAGUCUGUAUGCUCUUUUUUCUAUUGGAGGCGUGUAUCACUUGUUAUCUGGUACCAGCAAUGUAGCCGUUCUCUGGUUUGCACUCUCUGGCUGUGCAAGGUCCAAUGGAGUUCUUAAUGCUGGUUAUAUCUGUUUCCAGACGAUGCAUCAAGCAUAUGAAGCUUUAUAUCAGAAAAGGCGCAUUUAUUUGGCUAUACAGGUUUUGGUUGCUGGAUUUCUUAGAUGCGUUUGCAUUUGUCUUCCUUUUGUCGCGUUUCAAGCAUAUGGAUACUAUAACAUUUGUCAUGGACAUACGCUUGAUGAAAUGAGGCCUUGGUGCAAAGGAAGGAUACCUUUGCUAUACAACUUCAUUCAAAGUCAUUAUUGGGGAGUAGGUUUCCUUAAAUACUUUCAGUUUAAACAGCUCCCAAACUUUCUGCUUGCAUCCCCAAUUCUCUCUUUAGCUGUGUGUUCAAUUAUGAGUUACAUGAAGUCUCGGCCUGAACUUUUCAUUUCACUGGGGUUUCAAGCUACCGAGAAAGAAAAGAGAUCUGCUGCAAGGCUUUAUUCUCUGAAUGAUGCAGUUGAAACAAGUGUUAAAUCUUCAACAAAUGAAGGAAAUCGUGACAUUAGGCAGCGGAAACCUAGUAAGAAGGAUGUCACUGUGACCAAAGCGGCUUCAGAAUCCAGCUCUCCAGAAAAAUCAGGAUACUUUUCAGCUGAUGUUUUCCCGUUUAUCGUACACUUGGGUUUAAUGACAACCACUGCUUUCUUCAUCAUGCAUGUUCAGGUUGCAACACGGUUCUUGUCAGCAAGCCCACCUCUUUACUGGUUUGCAUCGAAUCUGAUUGCAUCUCCAAAACAUAAUAAAUGGGGAUACUUGAUACGGUCAUAUUGUGCAGCCUAUAUCCUUCUUGGUACCUUGCUCUUCUCAAAUUUCUAUCCCUUCACUUGAAUUCAUGGUUUUGUCAGCAGUUUGGUGUUUUAUCAGAGUAACGAUAUGUGGGUUUAACUUUCCCAACGAAAAAAUUACCGGCUUCAUCUCAAGUCAUGUACAUGUAGAGAACCAACCGGUUUUGUUGUUUCUGCAGGAUUUUAGCCAAUUAGUAUUAAUUUUUUGCUGUGCUCAGUGCUCAUUGUGAUCUCAUUUGGCAAGACAUUGAUAUGUUCUUUUGGCUGUUUUGUAAAAGAAUUGCCAUUGAGGCGACUGCUGUAAAAACUUGUUUGACCCAUGAAAUACACUCAUAUUUUGAUUCUUUGA